AUGACGGGUGGCAAUAGACAGACGACACAAGAUAAUCCAGAACCGUUUGCAUUUAAAUUUGCACUUUCAGCAUUUUCAGCGGUUGUGGCAGAAGCAGCAACUUAUCCAUUUGACAUCACAAAGACAAGAUUACAACUACAAAGGGAGGGUGUACUUGCCAGCAGCAAUGGAAGUCAUGGAACCUUUAUGCCACAACGUGGUAUGGUGGCCACUGCUGUUGGCAUUGUCCGAGAAGAAGGCUUCAGCAGUAUAUAUCAGGGAUUAAUGCCAGCCCUCACCAGACAUGUUUUUUAUACAGGAUUGCGUAUGUCAUUCUAUGAAGUGAUACGAGAAAGUAUUUUAAAAAAAGAAGCUGAUGGAUCGUACCCUGUCUGGAAAGCUUCCUUGGGUGGCCUAACAGCUGGGGCCCUGAGUCAGUUCAUCGUCAGUCCAACAGAUCUAGUCAAAGUUCAGUUGCAGAUGGAAGGCAGACGGAGACUUGAAGGCAAACCCCCCAGAGUGAAAGGUGGUUGGCAUGCAUUUAAAAAGAUUUUUGCUGAGGGAGGAUUUAAAGGACUCUACCGUGGAUGUGUUCCAAACGUUCAAAGGGCAGCACUAGUUAAUAUGGGAGAUUUAUGUACAUAUGAUACAGCCAAGCAGAAUCUAUUGAAGUGGACAACUCUUAAGGAUAAUUAUAUUACACACACAAUAGCCAGUGUCCUAUCUGGUUUGGUAGCAGCUAUUCUAGGAACACCUGCAGACAACGUCAAGACACGAAUCAUGAACCAACCUACAGAAAACGGCAGGGGCUUGCAGUACAAAGGCUCUGUAGACUGCUUAGUAACAACAGUGCAGCAGGAGGGAUUCUGGGCUCUGUAUCGCGGAUUUGUCCCUAUAUGGCUACGAAUGGCUCCCUGGUCCCUCACUUUCUGGCUAACGUAUGAACAAGUACGACGAUGGACUGGAGCGGGCUCAUUCUAGUUGUCCUGACAGAUACAACUCAGGAAUCUGGCAGUAUCAUUACAUAUCUGUUCAAGUGCCAAAUAAAAAAAUCCUCUCUGUUACUAGUAACUAUGGAGAAAUAGUCCCAUAGAUGUGAUGCAGACACUGGAUGAUGUCAUAAUGCAAGUACAUUCUGGUAUGGUAUGUGUACAGUCUUGGAGUGUAGUAGGUGUGAUUUAUAAAUUGUGAUUAUGGAAAUAGGAUGAUGAGCGUUGUUUUUUGAUGUAAGAGAGUUAUUUUUCAUUGUAUGAGAUUUUUAUUUUUUUAUGGAAUGUCAUUAAGAUAAUUUAAGGCUAAUAUAGUCUCAAAUACGCAUGUAUAGGUACAUAACAUACUUCAUCUUUAAUAUUAAAUCUCUUGACAAGAGGAGGACAUUCCAAAUGAAUAGGGGCUAGACCCUGCUUUUUCAAGAAAGAAAUCAUUUUGUAACAGUUUCAUUUACUGGUAAGCAAAGUUUCAACAUACAGUAGGGAUACUCUCCUAAUUAGUAGUAAUAGUAGUAGACACAUUACCCUCAUCAGGGCUACUCUGAUAAAAUCGUUGGU